AUGUUUCAAUCUACUAGUAGAAAGGUAGUAACCGCGACUGGAUUGGUCUUUGUCCGUUUUAGAGCCCACAAAUACCCAGUGCAAAAGAUCCCCAUCCAAUUAUUAAAAGAUGUUCCAAACGUAGGUGUGAGAGGAGAAAUACUUCAAGUAAAACCAGCAUUUAUGAGAAACUAUCUCCACCACAAGAAUAAGGCAUGUUAUAUAACACCAACCCAAGGCCCUAGAAUCGAUGUGGUUACAGUUGAACCUAAGGCAAAACAACCAGUUGAACAUAAACCACAAAUUACGGAAGAACCAACUGAAAAACCAGUUGUAGAAGCGUUAUCGAUGGAUGAAUUAUCUGAUUUGUUCAAGAAUAUGACUUCUAACGUUCCUGACGAAUUGGUAAUUAAACCAUCUGAACCAGAAUAUACUAUUGCUAAAUUGACUGAAAGGGUACCAAGUCUUCAAUAUUUUAUGAAAGAGUACUUACCAAUCACAAAGGAAUAUGUUAAGGAUACUUUAAAAGAUGAAGCUGAUGUGAAUGUGCCAGUUGAGGAAAUUACUUUGGCGCUGAUUGAAACUCCAGAUGAACCUAUUGAAGAAAUAACCAUGGUUGGUAAAUAUCUAUUGAAAAUUACUUCUCCAACUGAAGACGCUGAUCUUACAACGGAAAUUGAAGUUAGAUAG